UGGGCAGGUGCUCUCACUGUCAGUUUCUGAAGAGCCAAUUUAGUCAAAGGCUGUGUGGGCACCAGGACUGCUGUGGAAUGAAAUAGGAGGAAAAGAGUAAUUUUAAGGCUCAAUUAUAGAACUAGAAAGUUUAGGAGUCAACUUAGAUAAUCUCAGGGAUCCAGGAAUAAUGAAGUUGGAGGAAAAGCUUGAGCACAAUGAGAGCCUUGUUGGAAAAAGUCGACCGUGUCUCCAUGACACGCAUCAGGCAAACGGGAAACCGAUAGCUAAUGGGAAUCCGACAGCAAAUGGAAAAGUGGAGGUCUAUGAAAAGCAGGAGGCAAAUGGCAAGGGCAACAGGCUCGGGAAAUGUCUCAACCUGUACACCUGGCAGGAGAUCCAGAGACACAGUCAGGAAGCAGACCAGUGGCUGGUGAUUGAUCGCAAGGUUUACAAUGUGACUGACUGGGCUGGCAAGCAUCCAGGUGGACGUCGGGUUCUCAACCACUAUGCUGGGCAAGAUGCAACGGAUGCUUUCAGGGCCAUGCACCUGGAUCUGGGCAUGGUGAAGCUGUAUCUUAAGCCACUACUCAUUGGAGAACUUUCUCCAGAAGAACCAAGCCAAGAGAAAAACAAAAACGCACAGUUGGUGGAAGAUUUCCGUGAAUUGCGCAAGACGUUAGAGGCCAUGAACAUGUUCAGUGCCAACCUGCGGUUCUUCUUUCUGCACCUUGCCCAGAUCUUGAUCUUGGAAAUCUCAGCAUGGCUAAUACUACACCAUUUUGGCAGCAGCUGGCUUGUUACAAUACUUAUUUCCUUUCUCCUUACAGUGUCUCAGGCUCAAUGUUCAUUUUUACAACAUGACUUAGGACACCUUUCCAUGUUUAAGAAGUCCAAGUGGAACCAUCUGAUGCACAAAUUUGUAAUGUGUCAUCUCAAGGGCCUGUCAGCUGAUUGGUGGAAUUAUCGACACUUCCAGCAUCAUGUAAAACCAAAUAUCUACCCCAAGGAUCCAGACAUUGAUGUGGGCCCACUCUUUCUGGUUGGAGAUACUCAGCCUAUAAAGUAUGGCAAGAAGAAAAUAAAAUACAUUGACUAUGAGAAGCAGCACCUGUACUUCUACAUGGUUGCACUCCCCUUCCUCAUGCCUGUCUACUUUAAUUUGCAAUCCAUGCAAGUGAUGUACCUUCGAAAAUACUGGAUGGACAUUGCAUGGGUCAGCAGCUUUUACAUUCGUUAUUUCAUCACAUUUGGCCCUUUCUAUGGAAUUUUCGGAACAGUGUUGCUCAUAUAUUUGGUCAAGUUUAUUGAGAGCCCCUGGAUUGCUUACGUUACCCAGAUGAGUCACAUACCAAUGAAAAUGAGCAGUGAAGAGAACCACGACUGGCUCAGCACUCAGGUUGUGGCCACCUGUAAUAUUGAACAGUCCUUUUUCAAUGACUGGUUCACUGGACAUUUGAACUUCCAAAUUGAACACCACCUCUUUCCCACAAUGCCACGCCAUAAUUACCACAAAGUGGCACCUCUGGUGAAGUCACUUUGUGCCAAGCAUGGAUUGCAGUAUAUAAAUAAGCCCAUAUUGAAGGCCUUUGGAGAUAUUGUCAGGUCCUUGAAGAAGUCUGCUUCCCUCUGGAUGAAUGCUUACUAUGAAUGAUGCAGAGCCUUGCAUUUAUUGGUGUCUCUGAAGAGGGUGAUGGCUGUGCAUG